ACUGGCGGUCAUUACUGUGAUUUUUUGGUCUUGUUCUAUUGCGGAACGAACGGUGAUAAUUCUCCGGAACUUCUCGGAAGCGACGAAAGUGAUUUAAUUGUUAUAGCAUGGCAACUCCUGGAUCUGCAACAAAACCAAACGGGCGACAUUCAUUACAUUUGCGUCAAAAGCGAAGAAGAAAUGAAAAAUAAAUGGAAAGAAGUUGCUGGAAUAGACGAAGAAGUUAUUGCUAAGGCUCCGAUGUUUGAAGAUGCCAUACAACAGUUCGAACACGCCGUACGGAACGAACUAAACGAGAAAGGCCGAACAUGCAGCUUUACUCUUUGCACUGAUGGUCAAGCACAUAUCAGACAAGUCCUGAUGCCAGGAUCAAUACGCAACAAUACUCAACUACCGGAUUUCUGCUAUAGCUUCUUUGAUCUGAAAAAGGAAUUUAGUCGAAAUCGUUCCAACUUCAAUCCGCAUGCUAUGGACUGUGGUGUGGAACCUUAUACCUCUGUUGAAGAUAUGUUAAAAUACUUACAGGUUAAUGUAAAGGAGCAUGAUACGUUUGGUGUUGACCAUGUUCGUCGUAUGAGUUCUGUAGUUCAGUUGCUGAUAUCACCUAGAUAUGGCCACACAUUCGCUGAACCAGAAAGAGUAACAGAUCGACUUGAGACUGGCCCGUGCAUGACAUCUGAGCUUAUUAAUGAUAACACGGUUGUUCGUGCACGAGGAUUGCCAUGGCAGGCUUCAGAUCAUGACGUCGCAAGGUUUUUCAAAGGUCUUAACAUUCCAAGAGGUGGGGCAGCUUUAGUGUUGAACCCUCAGGGACGCCGAAACGGAGAAGCGCUGGUUCGAUUCGAGAAUGAACAGCAAAGAGAUCUUGCAUUGUUGCGUCACAAGCACCAUAUGGCCAGCAGAUACAUUGAGGUGUACAGAGCUUCUGGAGAUGAAUUUCUUAAAGUGGCUGCAGGUUCUUCAUGUGAAGCAAUCCACUUUCUCUCCAAAGAGGGCGAGGCAAUAGUGCGCAUGCGCGGACUCCCGUUCACUGCUGGACCACGUGAUAUUGUCGAGUUUUUCGGAGACGAAAUUCCAGUUGCUCACGGCGAGGAAGGUGUCUUAUUGGUUAAAUUUGCUGACGGCCGCCCAACUGGUGACGCGUUUGUUUUGUUUACCAGCGAAAAGUUUGCGGUUGCUGCCUUGAACAAGCAUAAACUAACGCUAGGCAAGCGAUACGUGGAAAUAUUCAAAAGCACUGCAGCUGAAGUUCAGCAGGUUUUAAGCCGCCACAUGACGAGCCCAAUCAUACCCACUAUGCCAUCAGCAAUGCCAUUUUCAUUUGUAGCAGGAGGACCACAUAUGUUGGGUCAUCAGCCUCAUAUUUUACCCCCACCGCAACAACCAGUACCCGCUGGGGCCAUCCGGAACUGCAUAAGACUGCGAGGAAUGCCAUACUCUGCUACAGUUGAAGACAUCACAUCAUUUCUUGGGGAAUUGGCAAACUCAAUACUACCACAUGGAAUUCAUAUGGUACUAAAUCAACAGGGUCGUCCAUCCGGUGACGCGUUCAUACAACUGUCGUCUGUCGAAAAAUGCAGCCAAGCUGCCCUGGACGUUAGUAAAGGAGGUUGCCACAAAAGGCACAUGGGUGAAAGGUACGUUGAGGUGUUUCAAUGUUCCGGUGAUGAAAUGAACAUGGUGCUUAUGGGUGGAACGCUCAACCGUAAUGGCAUGCUACCCCCGCCUGGAAUGGCAAUAUUAUCUCAAGAACCGGUUCCAGCGCCGCCUGUCUCUUUGCCUGCUACUAACUUUCCAGCCCACCCUCCAGUUUCUGCUCCAUUCAUUUUACAAACUCCACAUGGCACGUUACUGAUGCAGACGCCACUGCCACAGACAUCUGGCAUCCAACCAGCUCACCCUAUCGAAAUAAUUCACCCCCACACUUUAUUCACUGCCCCACGAACUAUAUAUCAGCAACCAGCGUAUUUGCCGUACACCCCAUAUCUCCCCACACCACCAGUCUCACCGACAACCCCAACACCAUCUCUUCCAAUACCUGCAAACCACCCAAUAACAGGUGUACCAGGCAACGGGGUACAAGUUCGUAUGCAGGGCAUGCCUUACAACGCAGGAGUUGCCGAUAUAAUGGCGUUUUUCAAAGGAUACAACCUGAAUUCUGAAUCAAUAAAACUGAUUUACAAUGACAAGUUGCGACCAACUGGAGAAGCUCUGGUAACAUUUCCAAGCCUAGAGGAAAGUCAUAGAGCUGUUGUAGAAAAUAACCGAAAACUUAUGGGAAAUCGGUACAUCGAACUGCUGCUUAUUUAACAAAAAAGCUGUGCAAGUGAAACCAAUGUUAAAAGUAGACGAUGUAUCACUAGCUAUGUUAUGCUGCUGAAUUGCGUUGUUGCCUUUGUUGCUGUGUAGUUUUGAAAAUCAAUUGCUUCGUUUUCGUUAGUCCUAAUUAUUGCACCAGCUGCAAGACAUAACUCAACGGUGCGUCAGUUUAUUUAUUUUUUUGUGUGUGGUAAUUCAUUACAAAGUGCAAGUGAGUUCGUUGCUUCGCUGAGACGAGCUUGUGCGUGCCAUUAUUGUGCUUUAUGUACAUACGAAUAUGUCCUACUAUAUGCAAUCACAUUGCUUAUACCGCCUGAAGUGUCUUACGUUUCCAAAUCCUUCUCAUUCUACGUACAUUGUUCUGUAUUGCCGCCAUGUUCGCGUACUUGACUAAGUUAUUCUAUUUUACGUUUCUCCGACAGUAGAGAAUACAAAUAAUGGACAUUAAAAUCGAUUUUUAUUUA